AUGUCUGUACAUACGUCAUGAUUGAAGGCUCAGAUAACUGUUCUGCUCUGAGACAAAGUCAGAAGUAGUCAGGAGUCAAAUCUUCCACUAAAAAGAAACCAUGGCUAACGGUCGACAGGCUAACCGGGAGCUGACAGAGGUGCUAAAUGAACUAUGGCGUCUGGACACAAACCGUCUAAAGCCGGGGACUGAUUACAGAAUUUCUCUCCAGGGGAAAGCGGGUUACGUGGCUCAGGGCAGUAACUACGCUCGAGAUCGGGCCCACGCUCCUCUCUUUGCAUAUGUUAACGAGGACAAACUGAAGAGCAUUGAGACAUUUUCACAUUUUAUCAAUCUGCUGGACAACUAUGAGAUGUCUACUGGCGUGUCAGAGAUGGUCACCUCUGAGGAGCUUCAGGAGAACAGGGUCUUUAUUGAUGCCAUCAUGGAGACUGAUGUCAUGAAGUGUGCUCACAACUAUCUAGUGAAGAAAGGCCAGUCACCUGCAGACCCUGGACAGUUUAAGAGACAGCUGUAUGACAUCUGGUUUCGCCUCUACCAUAGAGACAGGAGUGGAGGAGAAGACUCGUGUGGCUUUGAGCACGUGUUUGUUGGAGAGACUAAAUACGGCCAGGAGAUCAUGGGUCUGCACAACUGGGUGCAGUUCUACCUGCAGGAGAAGCACGGCCAUGUUGACUACAAAGGCUACAAAGCGAGGGACAAUAAAGACACACCUGAUGAGGAUGACCAUGUCCUGAACCUGCAGUUCAGCUGGAAGGGUCUGGUAAAGCCAAUCGGCGGCUCCUUCAUCGGCGUCAGCCCAGAGUUUGAGGUUGCUCUGUUCACCAUCAUCUUCCUCAUGUCGACUGAGAAGAUGACAUCAGUGGUGGCGAAAGUGGACGAGUACGUGUUGGAGUUUGUGGUCUACCGGCAUGGCCGCUCCAUUGGCACGUCGUACCCCAAACUGCUCAGCAGCAAUAACAGAGAUCUGUAGUUUUU